CCCGGGGACUAAACCCAGAGGCUAGGCCCCGCCCCGGCUCACGUGACUCCGCCGGGCUCUCUCACGGCUCUGAGGUGGAGCUGCGCCGCCAUUUUCCCGUCCGCUCCCGUUCUCUGUCCCUCAGCGCCGUACGGCGGCCAGUACCGGCGGCUCCUGGGCGUGAGCCGGGCCCAGAGUGUCUGUGAGAGUGAGGCCGUCCUCCCCUAAUGAGCAGGUGUGCGGCCGGGCUGCUCACACCGGAUCCCGCGUCCCGGGCCUCAUCCCACUGAUCUGUGUCACCAGGCGCUGCCAUGUCCGGACAGAGCAUCACGGACCGCAUCACGGCGGCGCAGCACAGCGUUACCGGAUCCGCCGUGUCCAAGACCGUGUGCAAAGCCACGACCCAUGAGGUGAUGGGCCCCAAGAAGAAGCACCUGGACUAUUUGAUCCAGUGCACGAACGAGAUGAAUGUGAACAUCCCGCAGCUGGCCGACACGUUAUUCGAAAGGACGACCAACAGUAGCUGGGUGGUGGUCUUCAAGUCUCUAAUAACUACUCAUCACCUCAUGGUGUACGGCAACGAGCGCUUUAUCCAGUAUCUGGCAUCACGCAAUACGCUGUUCAACUUGAGCAACUUUUUGGACAAAAGUGGGCUUCAAGGUUAUGACAUGUCUACGUUUAUCCGACGCUACAGCCGCUACCUGAACGAGAAGGCGGUGUCAUACAGACAGGUUGCUUUUGACUUUACCAAAGUAAAACGAGGGGCUGAUGGGGUUAUGAGAACAAUGAACACUGAGAAGUUAUUAAAAACCAUGCCCAUCAUACAGAACCAAAUGGACGCCCUGCUCGACUUUAAUGUAAACGCCAACGAGCUGACAAAUGGCGUCAUUAAUGCCGCGUUCAUGCUGCUCUUCAAAGACGCCAUCAGACUGUUCGCUGCCUACAACGAAGGGAUAAUCAAUCUUCUAGAAAAAUAUUUUGACAUGAAAAAGAACCAGUGUAAGGAUGGACUGGACAUAUAUAAGAAGUUCCUCACUAGAAUGACUCGAAUCUCAGAGUUCUUGAAAGUAGCAGAGCAAGUCGGGAUUGACAGGGGCGAUAUACCCGAUCUAUCUCAGGCUCCAAGUAGUCUACUCGAUGCCCUAGAACAACACUUAGCCUCUUUGGAAGGGAAGAAAAUCAAAGACUCGACGGCAGCAAGCAGGGCGACAACACUUUCCAAUGCGGUUUCAUCACUCGCAAGCACAGGUCUGUCACUCACCCGGGUGGAUGAAAGGGAAAAGCAGGCGGCUCUGGAGGAGGAGCAGGCCCGAUUAAAGGCAUUAAAGGAGCAGCGUCUUAAGGAGCUCUCCAAAAAGCCUCAAAAUGCUUCCACUACCGCCUCCUCCCCCGUGUCGUCCUCGGCAGGCAGUAUAAACACGACGGCUGCCAUCGACCUGUUUGCAACACCUACUUCACUAAACAGUUCCAAGCUGCCAAAUGACUUACUUGACAUGCAGCCAAGUUUCCAGCCAGCUGUUCAUCCGCUCAAUGCCGCGCCACCAGUAGCAAGUACAUGGGGAGAUCCUUUCUCUUCCGAAGCUGCCGAUGAAUCCAUCUCAAAUCUUAAUCCUUUCCUCAGUAAACCCAACGAUGGGGCCCACCUGCCCGUAAACACUACCGAUACAGCUAAGACACCUAACCAUGACAUAUUUAUUGAUCGUACCAAUCCGUUCUCUGAAUCAUUCGAGUCUCAUAUGUAUGGUCGUGGAAUAGGCCGCUCAAACUCAGAUUCUUUCUGUGGGCCUCAAGUCUAUCCUAACGCUUCCCAUUUCCACACUGAACCCUCUACAGUAGCUGGACUAUAUGGAGGGUUUACACCGUCUAUAGCUGUUCAACCACAGACCUCCGGUGGCCUUAAUGUCGACUUCGAUUCUGUUUUUGGCAACAAGUCUCCCACUAACAUCAGUAUAGAUCCUUCUGGUUUUGAUGACAUGGGAGGCCUACUGAAGCCAACCGUAUCUUCUCAAAAUCAGAGCAUCCCCUCAUCCAAAAACCCACCCGGCAAGCUGGUGUCCGACGACCUGGACUCCUCUCUGGCCAACCUUGUGGGCAAUCUGGGCAUCGGCAACGGGACAACAAAAAAUGAUGUUCACUGGAGUCAGCCCGGAGAAAAGAGACUAACAGGAGGGACCAAUUGGCAACCAAAAGUGGCCCCAACCACAACCUGGAACCCGGCGACUCUGAAUGGCAUGCAUUUCCCACCAUACGCACCACCAAUAAUGGCGUACCCGGCCACAACGCCCACAGGGAUCACAGCGUUUGGAAUGCCUCAGCAGAUGGGACCAGUACCUGUAAUACCACAGCAAGCAUUGAUAUACAACCAGCCUGUUAUGAGACCACCUAACCCCUUCGGCCCUGUAUCAGGAGCACAGCUGUCUGCAGCCUCCAGCCCUUCCAGUCAGAGUCCUCACAAAGCGCCUGGGAAGGAGCCCUAUCCACAGCUUUCUUUACAGGAUUUCUUGUAGGACCAUAUAGAUGCAGUUCAUGUAACCCAGCUGGACGGGAGCGCCCUUAGAAGAAGAAGAAGAAAUAAGAAUAAAGGCUACGUAACAAAUCCUUACUUCCAGUCAAAUCCAAGCUGCUGAUAACAAGCUCUCUCCACUAAAUCACGAAUGGUACCAGAUCGAGCUACCGGGUGGGGGAGGCUGCCAGCCACAUGGAAAAGCGGGAGGGGGUGUCACUAGAGUUCCCCGAUGGCUACGAGUCCUAUUGUUGUUAUUACAGUAGAAUUUUCAGUGUAAUGAGUUUGAAGUGAAAAGGGGUACAAACAUUCUACUACUGUACACGUUCCUCCUACCCUCCCCCGGGGGCACUGGACAAGGGGAUACGAGAAGCGCAGCCGGGCUCAUAAGAAACAAGUCACGUUCCCUCUCCAGUCAUUAUAGGCCGUAAAUUAAGGUGGUUCAGACCCCCAGCCCACUCCCUCCACAGUUUCAGAUAUCUAAGUAUAUAUAUAUCUAUAUAUAUAUAUAUAUAUAUAUAUUCAGUUUGCAGUAGACAUUCCUUAUGUAUUAUUUGUAUUUAUUUAUGAUUAUCAGUUUAACAAUUAAUGUAUCAAACACCUUAUGAGAUAUGUAUGGAUGUAUACAGCUUUUUUUUUUUGUUUUUGUUUUUUUAAUUUUCUUUUAAUUCCAAAAGUGAUUCCAUACCAAGCACUAAAUAUUUUAAAUUCCGUAUCCGACCGGGGGAAGGGGGGGUGGUGGGGGGGGUACGAGGGGAAUUUGGUAUAGAGUUGCUUUAAUUCCAAUAGUGGGAGACGUUCCUAGAAGUCUGCAGGGAAAGGGGGGCGAAUAGGGCGAGCACUCCUUUUUAAAUCGGAUCAUUAUAGGGGGGAACAAAAUAUUGCUUUGUGCUUGGCAGAAUAUUAUUUUACAUUUGACAUGGUAAUGCCUUUUAAGAAAAAAAUAAUAGGGAAAAAAAAUAAUGAAUGUGAGGAAUUGCUUUCAUUGUAUAAUUUCCUUUUAAACCCUGUAAGGUUGGGGGGUGGGGUUGAUACGUUAUUGGGGUGGGGGGGAGGGAGGUAUUUCAAGCCUGUCACUUUAAGUGCCAUAACACGUUUUCCCAUAGACCGAGUUGGGGAUGGAGGGGUUAAGCCACGCCCCUGAUAUCUUCCUGCUGUAACCCAUUGCUGAUACAGGUGACGACCCUGAGUAAUAACCCCGGGCCUUCCUUAUGGGGGAGAGCGCCAUGUCAGACCCUUGUCAUGCAGUGCCUUACAGCCGCGCACACACACACACACCCACAACCCUCUCGAGGGGUUAACCCCCCCCUUAGCGCUGUUGAUCAGCGCUCGUCAUGUAAAUAAAUCGUAAGAAACGCUGGAAGGAAACGUCGGAAAGGGAAAUUCUCGGCAUGAAAGCAAUUCUGUACAUGAAACGCGUACCUGCUGCAUUGUCUCUGCAGAUUCUAUUUUUGUUUAAAAUAUAAAAUUGUAUGUGGUCAGGAAUUGGUGGAUUUUCAAAUAAAAUUCAGCUUCAACAGGU